AUGGCUGCUGCUCAGUUAGAUACCCCAUGCCUAAUAGGUACUGGAGAAACUCUGGACUUUAAACUAGGUAGUUUUGAUUGUACGAUCACAGAUCCAAAUGAAAUAGCAAAUACUUUAAAUGAUCAUUUUCAAGAUGUAUUCACAAAAAGCGAUGUUACCAAAGUACCAAAAUUCGAAAAGCAUACAAACAAUAUAUGCGGCACACCUUUAUUUGAUUUCAAUUUGGAUUACAAUAUAUUAGUGAAGUUGGAUCCAAAUAAAUCUGUUAGCCCAGACGGAGUAAGUCCAUUUGUAUUAAAAAAUUGUGCUUUUGUUCUAGCAACACCUUUAAGUUAUAUAUUCACACUUUUGAUAGAAUCAGGUAUUUGUCCAAUUGAUUGGAAAUCUGCACACAUAGCACCUUUAUAUAAAAAACGUAGCAAAUUAAUUACAAGCAAUUAUCGUCCAAUUUCUUUGACGUCAGUUGUUAGUAAAGUUAUGGAAAAAAAUGUCAAAGACAGUAUGGUCCAACACUUAAUACAAAAUCACUUAAUUUCAACUAAUCAACAUGGUUUUGUGCACAACAAAUCAUGUACAACUAAUUUAAUUGAAACAAUGGACUUCAUUACCUAUUCAUUACCUAAAGGAAAUGCGGUUGAUGUAGUAUUCGUGGAUUUUGCCAAAGAUUUCGUUGUUGUUCCGCAUAGAUAUUUAAUUCACAAGUUGUCGAAUUAUGAAAUUAUUGUUCACACUUUAAAGUGGCUUGAAUUUUUUAUAAAAAAUCGUUGA